AUGGCUUUCGACCUCGAAGAGGCAAAGACUCACCUCAGAGAACACGGAUGGGUUCGUGUCCCGUCGGUUCUCACAGCGGAAGAGGCUGCCGGCGUACUCGACCGGCUAUGGAAGGCCAAAGAAGCGGCUGAAGCUCGUGGCGAGGACACAUACCUGUCGUUCCUGGAUCCCAACCCCAGCAACGUGCGGGUAUUCUACUUGCUAGAGCUCGACAAGAUCUUCCGAGAGCUUGUAUCGCACUCGACUGCCAUCUCCAUGGUCAAGGCUGUGCUGGGAGAGAACUUCCUCAUUAGCAACUUCACUGCGAACAUUGCCCGGCCCGGAUCCCAGAGUAUGGCCCUGCAUUCGGACCAGAGUAUCGUCUUUCCCGAUCCGUGGCAGAACGUCUGGGCGCUCAACGUCAUCUGGUGCCUGACGGAUGUCAAUAAAGAGAACGGUGCAACGCAGUAUAUCCCUGGGUCGAACAAGUGGGUGUAUCGCAAAGAGGUGCCUGAGAACGCGCCCGAGAUGCUGGUUCCUUUUGAAGCCAAAGUUGGCGACAUCAUUGUCAUGGAUGGUCGCGUGUGGCACACUUCUGGCAGCAACGUCACCGAGGACCAGGAUCGCGCACUUCUGUUUGGCUAUUACACUGCACCAUUUAUGCGCCAGCAGGUGAAUUGGACUGCUAAGCUCCCCAAGGAAGUUCAGGACACCUGCAGCGAGGAGCUGAAGGAGUGGCUUGGCCUCAAUCCGGUAGGAAAUAUUGGCAUGACGGGCGAUCUGAGGUACAUGUCGGUGCAGUACCCUGACGACAAGAAGAAGGCACGUGAGACAGUUGCGACAGGUUGA